GUCGCCGGUAGACUCCGGUGAGCAGUUCGUCGUCGCGUUCAGUUUCGCUCGUAGCGUGAGUGCGUCUCAUUGAGCUCGAUACUCCAAUCCAUUUAUCGAGAUUCGAUCGUAUCGAUCAUAUUAAACAUCGAAUUCUCCGUAAAGAUUCGCACGAGGACUUUUCUCGCGAUUUUGAUAACAUUCCAGAUCGCGCGUUCUACAUAAAUAAGCGUGAUUUUCCGCUUGACGUUCGUCUUGUCAGUUUUUGGAAUUUUCAUAGUGAAAAUCAAGAUCGAUUGAUAAAAGAAUCGAUAAGUUCGUCGUAGCGUUCUCGCUCUUUAUUCGAGCGUCAGCCCUCGUGUGCGGUUUUAAAAAGGAGAGAAGAAAACGCGCCAACUGAAGAAGGUGAUCGUGACAGAUCGCGUUUGUUGUCAUCGUCUAAUCAUCUCAGCGAAGAAUUUCCCAAAGAAAUUGCAGCGCAGUCUUUCUAGUGGCGAACGCCAGAGCGACCCGGGGUCGUCCAUUGACCUCGAUCGAACGCGGCUUUCCCCCCGGUUUUUUCCCCGAGAGAAAGGGAGACCCUUCGAAAAAUUCAUAUCGUUGGAUCCUCUCAGCUUCCCCUAUCUCGACUAUCUUGGCGAGAAACAGGCUUACUUCCUAUAAUAAGGAACGAAGAGAUGCGGUAGAGAGCGAGAGACAAUGUCAACGUUUGACAUGAGUUACAACAGGCAGCUUGGCGCGUCGUCGAUCAGAGGUUCCCUCUGGUUGCUCUGGCUACUUGCGAGCACGAUCUCCCCGAGCCUAUCCUUCGACGUAUCAUGCUGUCCCGAAGGCACGAUAUGGCAACACUCGACCAACUGCUCGGACGGCACGAAGAUUCGUCUGCAAUGUCCAAACAGCACCUUCCUGAUCGACCCCGAGCAAAAUGAGCGCGAUAACUUCACUGUCGUCCACGAGAAUGAUACCGCCUGGCUAGUGCCGGACAUAAACCACGAGAGAAUCCCGGCUGACAGUUUCUGUAUAGCCAAAUCGGGGCGGAGCGGCGGCGAGAUCGCCCUCGCGUGUUUCGACGAGGAUAUGCUAGAUAUGUCGAUGAUGUGGAAGAGCACGCUCAUCUGUAUCGUCAGCAUCAUCUCAGCCAUCUUUCUAAUCGCCACCCUGGCGGUUUAUGUUAUAUUGCCGGAAUUGCGGGAACUCCAGGAUAAGGCGAUGAUGACCGCUGUGACCACUCUGGCGGUCAGUUACACCGUCCUUUCCAUUCAGCAUGUGCAACCGAUUCUAAUCGAAAAUGAUUACAACAUUUGCGUAUUUUUCGGAUUCGUAUUGUAUUUUUCCUUCAUGUCCGCGUUUUUCUGGCUGAACAUCGUGGCCUUUAACGUGUGGCAAAGUGUAUGGUUUAAGAACUUUAAGAUCAAGGACCGAUCACUCUACUACGCUUAUUGCAUUUGGGGAUGGGGCGGUCCGGCAGUUUUGCUACUCACCACGCUGACAAUGCACUAUAGGCAGGGACAUCAUUUGAAACCUGGCUUCGGCGACUACAAUUGCUGGUUUGGCGGAACCGAGCAAACGUGGGCGUACUUUUACGGGCCGAUCGGUAUUUUAUUAUUAAUAAACAUAAUCUAUCUCGGACUAACCAGCUGGCGUUUGUGGCAUCAAUAUCGCGAUUACACGGGAAGUAACCUGCGAGUCUUGCGAUUCAAGUGUCUAUUGUACUUUAAAUUGGUGCUCGUCAUGGGCAUCACCUGGAUCUUUGAGCUACUGUCGUUUGCCAUCGACACAAACGUAGAGAUUUGGAUUCUGACGGAUCUGUUGAACGGUCUCCAAGGAUUCAUUAUAUUUCUACUCUUGGUCGUGAUGCGGAAAAGAGUGCGAAAGCUAUUGGCGAAGAAGCGACCUUGCGGUAUCGAUUUCCCAAAAUCCUGGGCAGCCUAUGAGAACGAGGAAUGCGAAGAAAAGCUUUUCGAGGAAGUCGAACUGUCUCAACAGGAAUAAGACACAUUUUUACGUUCUUUCCUUCCCACCCAAAAUAUAUUUCCCAAGAUCAUUUCACGCGGGUUAGAUAUAAGAAAUAUCGCUUAAGAGAAAAGACAAUCUCAGAUUAUGUGUAUAUUAUCUGACAAGUUAUAAGCAUAGAUAAUACGACCGUUGUCGUGCUUUAAAAUUCAUAUGGUUUUGACAAGAUAAUUUAUAUUUGUAAACGCAUUUCAUUUUCUAUACGAAUUUUUAUUCCCGUUAUAUAUAUUAAUAUCACGUUAGAUAAAUUAUCUCCACUAUGUUGAUCCGUUAUCAGUCUCGUCAUUAAGAUUCGCGAAAUUAAUGUUAUUUCGACGUAUCUCUUAUUAAUGUACACACAUUACCUAUUCUUGUAACAUAUAUUCUUAAAAAAGAUACGAUAUUGGCUGAUAACGGAUUAAGCAAUAAAUAUCGUAUGUUUCCACGUAAAUCAUCGAUUAUUGUGAAUUAUUAUGCUUUUUUACGAUUAGCGUAGCCGAAUAUGUUAUUAUUAAGCACUGACAAGAAUCUCCGUAAAUUAAUUAUAUAGAUUUAUUGGACUGUGUGUGCGUGGAGGAAAAAUUAAAAAUAUAAUGAAGAUUACAAUUAUUCAUCGGUGGGUAAUGUCAUUUAAUUAGCGUUCGUGAUUCAGAUUUCUCAUUCGUGGAAACGUGACGACGACGAGUCAUCCAUGUCACCGCACAUCUCUGCGAUUUCCCGCGAAAAAACCGCGUAAAUCCGAUUCAUUCACAAGAAUGGCUUUUACUCGACUUCUACUAUCAAUCGUCACAAAUUCUCACAUCUCGUUAUGUAUUAUGCAAAUUUUUAGAGACACGUCGAAAUCUUUGCAUAAGGUAAAUAAAUUACGUAAGAGAAUUCGCCGUGAAUUAAUCGAAUUCGAUUAUCUCUCUGAAACAUCUGGUAAAAUAAGUAUUGAGAAAUAAUUUAUGAUGCAAAGGUCGUUUGUACCUCCGAAUUCGAAGGCUAUUUGAUGCUUUCACAAACAAACAAUAACCGCGAUAUACAUAUGACACGUGCUAGUUCGAGUAUAUAGUAUCCUUCUCGAUAAAAUCCGAUCCGCUCAAUGCGAAUGUGUAUGUGUAUGACAUAAAUCUAAAAGCAGAUUCAUAAAAAUUAUCACCGCGAGCAGAUAUCGAGUGUUGUAAACAUACGCCGCAUCUGUCCUACUUUCAUUGAUUUCGUGCGUAAUUUGUACACGUCAUCCCGUAAUUUUCGAUAUAUGUAUAUUGAUGUGAGUUAUAGGAUAUCCCAGAGAGACCAAUUAGCGGAUCAAUCUUUAUUUAUAGAUUAAUCUGAAUCCUGAAAUCCACUUCCGAAUCCUCGGCGAAAAUGUCAAGGAUAGCUCAUGAUAUCAAAAUUAUAGAUCCCCAUCGACAUUUUUUUUUUUUUUUUCUAAUAGAAAAAUUGAUUCUGUUGAUUGAAGAAUCUAUCCGAGAAAAAAAUGAAUAUAAAAUUACAUAUGGCUAUAUGUGAUUUUAUUAUGAUUUAAUUACGUAAGUCCAAUUUUUCUCGAGCAUGGAUAAAAGGUGAUCCGCAAGACCGGAUUAUUCCUCGUUAUACUAUUAUCGUGCAUCUCGUCUAUAAAAAAAAACGACGUGAACGACGACGCGUAUCCAAAUGUAACGAACCCGAUGACAUUUGCUCGUUGGUACUGACAAGCUUCUCAUGAUACUGACGCAGAUAGAUAGUAGGUCACGAUUGCAUGACGCGGACGAAAUUUGUUAAGCAAAUCAGAUCGUCUCGUGACAAUCGAUGCGGUUGGAUGUAAUGAGUAUAUACACAUCACGUUCGAUGCUCGCAACACAAGAUGUACGCGGAAUUAUUCUUAUGAGAUAAGCAUACAAGUAUGUAUAUUUCCUAAACAAUUAUUCGUUAACGUUAUUCACACAAAUCACGAGAAACAUUGCUAUGCAAAAGAAAAAAAUUUUCUUCUUAAGAACAGAAUUUUUCAUAAUUCUCCGCAAACAAGUCAAGUAUUUUGUUAGUAUAUAAUGCUGAUUCAUGUUAUUAGCGGAAAUAGAAAUAUGCAUUAUAAUGAUGGAAUUUCAUUCGUAUAGGAUCUUUGCUUUUUUUUGUUUUCUUGUAUAAUAAUAUUAAGAUGACUUAAUAAUAUAUAAAAUAACGUAAUCGGACGAUCAUUUGAAUAGAGAUGAAAAGAUCGAGAGUAUAAUACGAAAAUUAUAAACAAAGAAAUAAAUAAAGACAAACAAACAAAGACAAUGAACAAAGAUAAAAACAGAUUAUAAACAAAAAAAAAAAUAAUAAACAAAGGAAGAAAGAAACGAUCGAUAAAUAUGUAAAUAUUAUGUAUAUAUUGUACGUUGUAUUGAUUGUUCGCAUGUAUGAUUUGUAUAGACAUAUAUAUACUACGUCAUGAUUGAUAGCAGUAUAAUAACUGAUUAGACAGUACACAAUAUAAAAAUUGAUCCAAUCCCGGAACUUCAUCGCAUCUGCGUUAAUAAGAUAUACCGUUAAACAGAUUAGAAGCGAUGGAAAAGGAUAUUGCAACGAUUUUUAUAUUCUUCUUACAAUCAAUUGUCUUCAGUAGUACAAAAAGAAAUUAGAUGUCAAAAUAGGACUCAGAAUUUUUCUUUUUCUUUUAUUUCUUAUUAAUUUUUUAGGUCAAUUCACGCUGUAAGAUUUUAAAAUAUUAAAAAAUAUUAAAAAUACAA